CGCAACCGUGCAGGAACCAGGUGGAUAGCUAUUUGAGGUAGCCCAUCUGUGACAGAGACUAAUAAAACACAAACUAAUCGUGCGAGGUAUUGUACCUUCGACCUGAGCGUAAAAGCAUUGCCCCAUUCGAUAUCUUUAUUCCGCACUCCCGGCCCAGCUUACAUUCGCUUCUUGGUGCUGUUGGUGAUAGUGCUGGUGGCACGGUAGUUGUGCCCGUCCGUGGUGUGGUGGUAAUGGCCAACACUGCACAUCUGUUCCGCAGGCAGAGUUCUCGCGAUUUGAUCCAGCAGGCAACUGUGCGCAGCUUAGAUGAACUCGAACUGAGAGAGCUACGCAGUCGGUUGGUACGGGCAGAGAACGGAUCGCAAAAUGUGGUAUAUGGUGCGACGAACCAGGCGUUCAUCAGCGAUGAUGAUCCACCGAUGGGCCGUAUACUGGACAUUGGACCAUCGGCGACGGGUACACACGGCAAGGACACUCGCAAGCUCAACAUGCAGACAUCGAUCGUAUCGCAACAGCAAGAACCAGCCAUCAUCGAACGGCCAGAAGACGAACGAGAAAGCUGGGACAGCAAGUGGACGUUCCUGCUCGCUACCAUUGGAUACGCCGUCGGUCUAGGAAACGUUUGGCGGUUUCCGUAUCUGGCGCAGAAAAAUGGUGGCGGUGCUUUCCUGGUGCCGUACUUCGUCAUGUUGCUGUUGCAGGGGCUGCCCAUCUUCUACCUUGAGCUGGCGAUCGGACAGCGGCUCCGCAAGGGUGCGAUCGGUGUGUGGCACGAGGUGUCAGCGUACCUCGGUGGUAUUGGCAUCUCUUCCGCCUUCGUAAGCUAUAUUGUGGCACUGUAUUACAACACCAUCAUCGCCUGGUGCUUGAUCUAUCUGCUUCACAGCUUCGAAACACCGCUACCGUGGGCCGAAUGUCCGAAGCGGUUGUUUAAAAAUUUUACGUAUGACAUCGAACCGGAAUGUGUGGUAUCUUCGCCAACCAAGUACUACUGGUACCGGGAAACGCUGCAGGUUUCACCGAACGUUAACGAGCCCGAGCAGAUCAACUACACCGUUGCUCUAGCACUCAUCACCGCGUGGUCGCUUGUUUACCUGUGUAUGGUGCAGGGCAUUACUGAGUCGAGUAAGAUAGUGUACAUAACUGCUAUAUUCCCGUACGUUGUACUCAUCAUAUUCUUCUUUCGUGGCAUCACACUCAAGGGAGCAUCUGACGGCAUCGCACAUCUAUUCACGCCACGCUGGGAAUCAAUUCUGGAGCCAGUCGUUUGGUUAGAGGCCGGCACGCAAAUCUUCUUCUCACUCGGACUUGCGUUCGGGGGUCUAAUUGCGUUCAGCUCGUACAAUCCCGCAAACAACAACUGCUACCGCGAUGCGCUGGUUGUUUCCAUCACCAAUUGCUCCACGUCUAUGUUUGCGGGCGUGGUUGUGUUUUCAGUGAUCGGUUUUAAGGCUACUUCAAUAUAUGACAGUUGCAUCGAGGAGCGAACCGAGAUGAUGCGCCAAAACAAAUCGCAGAGUUUGUUGCCUGUGUGUGAUCUACAAAAAGAAUUGGAAAAUAGUGCUUCUGGUACCGGUCUGGCGUUUAUCAUCUUCACCGAAGCCAUCAAUCAGUUUCCUGCGGCGCAAUUGUGGGCAGUACUGUUCUUCCUAAUGCUUUUCACGCUCGGCAUCGAUUCACAAUUUGGCACACUAGAGGGUGUCAGUACAUCGCUGAUGGACAUGAAAUUGUUUCCCAACGUACCAAAAGAAAUGAUUACCGGGGGUUUGUGCAUAUCGUGCUGCGUCCUAUCAAUGUGCUUUGCUAACGGCGCCGGUAGCUACAUCUUUCAACUGAUGGAUAGCUUUGCUGGAAGCUACACCUUGCUCAUCAUUGCGUUCUUUGAAUGCAUUGGUGUCAGCUAUAUCUAUGGACUUAAAAGGUUCGCGGAUGACAUUGAGUUGAUGACAGGUGCUCGACCUAGUCUUUACUGGAUGCUAUGCUGGAAGUAUAUAUCCCCCAUCGCAAUGAUUACCAUUUUGGUCGCUUCAUUUCUGGAACUUGCCUCCGAAGGCAGCAGCUAUCCAGGGUGGAAUGCACUCACUGGUACAACCGAUCGGCUGGAGUGGCCUCACUGGUGCAUUAUGGUGGCAAUUUUGCUCAUACUUGUGUCCAUUUUGUGGAUUCCUGGGGUGGCCAUCUUACGGCUAUGUGGUAUCAACGUUAUCGAGGAUAGUGAGCCGGCUUGGUUCCCGUCGGCCGAGCUACGCGACGUGCACGGUAUCGUGCCGCACGAACCUACCGAUAUCGAGAUCUCGUUAUUUUGUAUACGCACAGACGGCUCUGAAGGACUUUGCUGCCCAACUUACGGCCCCCGCGAACAGCCACUCGACGAGGAGGAGUAAAGGCUAUGUUUGGUUGUGGACGACGGCAACGGUGUUUGUAAAAACAAAGCAACAAACCAAGCAUUAUCAUCUUACCAAAAAUAACCUACACAAACGUUACAGGUCCGAUGCUUCCCGUCUUUGCCCAUUGUUAAGUUGACAGAGGAUGCAUGCAACCUACCAUAUAAAACGCUAAACAAAGACAUAAAUGCAUCCACGUUCACACGAAGGAAACAUCCAAAUUAUACAUACAACAUUAUCUAGACACAGCUACUCAUAGCUUAAAUGGUUCGAAAGUUUCAAAAGCCAUCAUAUGCUAUGUUAAGUAUAAAUGUUCGAAUUUAGUGUUUAAACGUAAAACGUAAAGAUAACAACCGUAAAACAAAAUAACAAGACAACAGAAGAAAAAAAACACACAAUCAAAUGCCCAGAACAGUGCAAAGCGCUUCCCGGAGCAAGGGAAAAGCGUAAAUAAGCGUAAAUGACAAGACUUGAAAAUUAUACAAAAAAAAAACAAAUUAUCAUCAAUUAACACAGCUAGUCCACCAUGUUGUCGCUGACC